AUGCCAGAACACGACCCCGUUGUCCUCGCGUACUCGCACCUCCGCGACUUCCCGCGCGCGGCCGACGCCCUGCAGCUCCUCCGCCGCGUCGCCUCCCUCGUCAAGCCGUUGAUGCGCGCCCGCCGCUGGAAGGUCCGCGAGCUCUCCGAAUUCUUCCCGGACCAGGCCAACCUGCUCGGCCUCAACAUCAACAAGGGCCAGAAGAUCCUGCUGAGGCUGCGCUACCCAGGCGAUGCCUCGCUGUUCCUGCCGCUCGAGCAGGUCGCCGACACCCUACUGCACGAGCUGGCACACAUCGUCCACGGCCCCCACGAUGCCGUCUUCCAUGCCCUCUGGAACCAGCUGCGGGAUGAGCACAUGGCCCUGGCCCUCAAGGGCUUUACGGGCGAGGGCUUCUUGAGUGAGGGCCACCGGCUGGGUGGGGACUUUGACAACAGCGGCAGAAACAACUGGGGCGCAACGGGCAUCACGUCCAGCGGCCCCUCCUCGGCUGCUUCCAACACGCUGAAGCGGCCCAUCUCCAUGGACGAGGCCCGGCGCUUGGCCCGCGCAGCCGCCGAGCGACGCCAAGCCAAGGCUGCUGAAAAGGAGCGCCAGAGCAGACAACCGAGCAGUGGCAGCAAGACUACCGGUCACCGCCUCGGCGGGUCAGCGUCGUCGCCGGCCAACGACAUGCGCAGCGUCAUCGCCGAUGCAGUCGCCCGCCGCAAUAGCCACACCCCCGAGACCAUGCGCGGCUGUGCGACUGACGGACCGCAGUCGGAGUACACCGACCAGACCCGCAAGUGGCUCGCCGACCAGGCGGCCCGCAACGGGUUCCGCACCCAGGCCGAGGAGGACGCCGCCAACGACGCCGCCAUUGCCCAGGCUCUGUGGGAACUGGUCCAGGAGGACGAGCGACAGCGGCUGGGCGAUCGGUAUGUCCCGCCGACGGCCGAGCGGCCAGAGGGCAACGGUGGGUGGCUGUCGUCGUCCAACGGGGACCGUAGCCAGGGUGCAAGCAGUGCCUCGCCCAUCGUGAUUGAUGGCGACGUCAUGCAUGUUGACCCGCCUCGAGGACCGCCGCCGCAGCACCGUCGUCCAGCACCGCCUCCGCCAACAACACGGCCACGCCCUACGUCCAUGUCUGCUGUCCCGCCAGGAACAGCAACACGCCGCGCACCUCCCUCGCCUGGUCCGAAGCCGGCUGAGCUCAGUUCGAGCUCGGGCGCGCGGCCCCGAUCGAGUUCUUCCGGCGCCACGUCUUCCAACGCCAGCCGUGGUUGGACCUGUAGCAUUUGUACGCUGCACAACCCAGGCACGUAUCUUGUCUGCGACGCCUGCGGCGUCGAGCGUACGUCCUCGUCGUCACCUCCAAAGAACGCAGGGAAAGACGGACAGCCAUCGUCGCACAGAUCUUCGCACUCCCACGCACACUCCAACACUCCUACGUCCCUCCAUCCACCACCACCACCACCACUGGCACAUCGCCCGGCACCCCCUCCACCGACGUCUGGAUCGGUACCGCUCGUGCCCCGCCGCUCCCCUGCUGCUCAGAAUGCGGCCGCUGCCGCCUCAGCCCGCGCAUCGGCCAUGCGGCAGUCGGGACAACCCGCUAAGAAACCGCGCGUCAAGAAGCAGGUUCGCUUUACUCCUUCGACGCGUGGUGGCUCCGUCUCGUCCAUGACCUCGACCAGCUCCAGAGCCCGGCCACGGUCGCCACCGCCGGCGACCUUGACCAGCGGUGUCGACAGUGUUGUCAGCAAUGGCAGCUCCAGUAAUGGCGGCUCGACGUUUGACAAGAUCCUGGCCAAACACAGGCCGGCGCCGCCACCCAACCAACCGCCCAGGCCAGCUCCCGCCUCCUCGUCGAUCGCAUCUUCGUCCAAUUCUGCACCGUCUUCGUCCUCGCCGGCACCCGCUUCGGCCACGUGGAUGUGCACCAUGUGUUGGGCCAGCAUGGGACAUAAGCACACCACGUGCGGCUCGUGUGGAAAGCCAAGAGAAGCAUGGCAGAAUUGA